CCGCGGGCCGCCGGCCGCGGUCCGCAGUUGUUGUUAUCACGCGUGGUAGUGGCGUUGGGUGUCCCGUCAGGUCCGACAGGUGUACUAAGUGACUAAGGGACUAAGUGUCUAAGUGACUAAGGAACCAAGUUGUCGAAGUGAAGAAGUGUCUUUGUUCAAAGCUGGAUGUGAAGUCUCGUCUAAGUUUCGGGUCGAAAAAGAAUAAGGUGGGAAAGAGAAAAGAGAUGAUCCGAGAGAGAAGACAUGCUUGAGCACAGAUGAUGAUGAAAUGGUUAGUCCUGGGGUCGCUGUUUCUUGUGAACCUGUACCGGGAGCCGACUCCUGUGGUCAGGGUGAGGAGUGGGCUGGUGAGGGGGAGGAUCAGCGAGGAUGGAAAAUACCACUUCUACUACGGCAUACCGUAUGGUACUGUCAAUGAUAGGAACAGAUUUCAGGCUCCACUGCCUCCACCAGAGUGGGACGGGGUGUUGGAUGCCGUCGACGAGACCACCAGGUGUCCCCAGAAGCUGCUCAUCGACUCCGUGAUAGUCGGGAACGAGGACUGCCUGAAGCUCAACGUGUACACCCCAGCAGUCCGCAGCACCAAGCCCUACUCGGUCAUGGUCUACAUCCACGGAGGUCUGUUCAUAGACGGCUCAGUCUCCACCCUUCUGUACGGACCAGACUACUUUCUAGAUCAUGGUGUGAUAUACGUGGCUGUGAGCUACAGGUUAAACGUUGAGGGGUUCCUCUGCUUGGGCAUCAAGGAAGCCCCAGGUAACGCCGGCUUAAAAGAUCAAGUAGCUGCUCUGAGAUGGGUGAAAGAGAAUAUCAGAGCUUUCGGAGGAGAUCCGGACAGUGUGACUCUGUUUGGUGAGAGUGCUGGGGCAGUAUCCGCGUCCCAUCUGACGCUCUCGCCGGUAACGAAGGGACUGUUUCAUAGAACGAUAUUGCAAAGCGGCUCCAGUAUAGUGCCCUGGGGCAUCCAACACGAUCCAAUACGAACAGCAAGUGAUCUCGCCAAAGAGUUCGGGUAUUCUGGCAAGGAUCCAUAUAAAAUAUAUGAAACUCUAGCGAAUAGGACGACCAAGGAACUAAUUUGGGGUAUAAAGUAUAAACAACACAAAAACUUCGUCACAGCGGAGACGCUUUUUGUUCCUUGUGUUGAAAAAGAGAUUUCUGGCGUUGAAGCUGUGAUAAAGAAGCAUCCUAUAGAUAUAAUUCAAAGCGGCGAAUACAACAAGCUACCGAUGAUAAGAGGUUUUAACGAUAAGGAGGGUAUUUACUUCGUAGCCAAAGAUUUCGGUGUAAGCGUUAAAAAUCCGGACCCGCACGGACUAUUUCAGGCUGAUCUCGAGUUUUCUACUGAGAGAAGCAGAAACGAGACAGCAGAGGAGAUGCUACAGCAGUACUUCACGAAGGACAACGACGAAAAAGUCAUGGAGAUGGUCGAUCUAUAUUCGGAUCUGCACGUGAAAUUCCCACUCAUUUUAGAGUCUGAACUGUUCUCGAAGACGAAUGAUAAGCCGAUGUAUUUCUACGUGUUCACCUACGAUGGGUACUUCAACUUAGCUAAAUACAUAUCUAAGUUUAUCUUCAGCGGUGGAGCGUCUCAUGCAGAUGAGCUGUUCUAUCUCUUCAAGUCGUAUAUCCUGUAUAGGCUGCCUGUCCAGAACAAUCAAAUGCUUCAACGAAUGGUCACUAUGUGGACAAACUUUGCCAAGUAUAGUGACCCCACCCCAACCAAGUCAGCUCUCCUGCCGUUCCGCUGGCGGCCGAGCCGGGCAUCGAACCCCACCGCUCUCGUCAUGGGCAGCGAGCUAACCACUGCGCCUAUGGGGGACGAGGCCCGCGUGGGCUUCUGGAACCGAACCUACACCAAGUAUAGGCGACGCCAUUACGGUUUCGAGAACCAUACGUUUGUGAUACCAAAUAUAAAUUGUUAGAAUUUACGUAAGUCUGGGUUAUCACUUAUCGGUAAUAAUCCUUUGUUAGAGUAUCAUGAUCUCUCUUUUCUUUAUCAACUAUGUACAGUAGAUGACAAAGAUUUGAAAAAGCAACUACCUCAUUAAAAACACAUGGACCAGUAUUUCAUGUACCUAAUAUAAUUUCUAUCUUUGUCUUUCUCUAAGCGACAAAAAAUAAAGCAGAAUGAAAGAGAUACACAAGUACACAUGAAGGAAAGAGAUGACAUUAUAUUUAAUUGUGAAUUAACUUCUACCUAACUCGCAUUAGGAAAUAUUUAUUGUUUGUUAUAUGAUUUGUAUUAAA